AUGAGAGCAGAUGAGAGGGAUGAAUUCGUGGAUUGGAAAGGAAGGAAAGCCAAAUCUGAGGAGCACGGCGGCAUAAGACCCGCGUCGCUGACUUGCGGGGUGGAAGUGCUGGAGAACAUGGUGUUUCUGUCGAACGCCACGAACUUCGUGGCCUACUUCAUAGGGACAAUGCAUUACCCGACCGCCGUCGCCGCGAACAUGGUCACCAACUUCAUGGGCACCUCCUUCCUCCUCACCAUCUUCGCGGGCUUCAUCAGCGACUCCUUCCUCACCAGAUUCACGACCUUUGUUGUCUCCUGCGCUGUCGAAUUGCUGGGACUGAUCAUACUGACAAUUCAAGCUCACUCCAAAUCGCUCCAACCUCCAAUCCACAGAACACCCAGCAAGUCCCAAGCUGCCGUCCUCUAUUUCGGCCUCUAUGCGAUGGCCACGGGAGUUGGCGGGAUCAAGGCAUCCCUGCCGACGCACGGUGCCGACCAGCUUGACCAUCGCAAUCAGAGGCUUAUCUCCACCUUCUUCAACUGGUUCUUCUUCUCCUUGUGCACCGGCGGCCUCGUGUCGGCGACCGUCAUGGUCUGGGUGGCGGAGAACUUGGGCUGGCGCUGGAGCUUCAAGAUAUCGGUCGUGGCGUUGUUUUUGGCUCUCGCCAUUUUCGUGUCCGGGCUUCGUCUCUACCGGUACAAGCUUCCCCAGGGAAGCGCAUUCGCUAGAAUUUUCAAGGUGAUGAUGAGCAUGGAGGUACUUGCAUCGGCAGCCCGGAAUCGAAAAGCUUCCUUGGCAGAGGAAGACAGAAGAAUUGGUGUGAAUUCAGAAGUCAAUAAUACACUUGCAGCUAAUGGAAGGCAUCCUGAAAAGUUCAGGUUCCUAGACAAAGCACUAGCCGAUGGCACGGUAAGCGCGAGCGAGGUCGAAGAGACGAGGGCCUUCAUCGGACUAAUCCCAAUUUUCGCGAGCACGAUCCUGAUGAACUGCUGCCUAGCUCAGCUCCAGACCUUCUCGGUCGAGCAAGGCGCCAUGAUGGACAGAAGAAUCCGCAACUUCCAAAUCCCAACUCAGUCCCUCACGGUCCUCCCGCUGAUCAUCAUGCUCGCCUCGAUCCCCAUCUACGAGCGCUUCCGCGGCACGGUCGGGGACAAACCCCGCGCGAGGUUGGGCAGGAUCUUCGAGCCCCUGCCGAGGAUCGGGCUCGGCCUGGCCCUCGCGUCCGGCUCCAUGGCCAUCGCCGCGGCCGUGGAGGUCAAGAGGCGCAGGGCCGCCGUGGACGGGGCGGUCCUGUCCGUGUUCUGGCUCUCGUGGCAGUACCUGCUGCUCGGGGUCUCGGACAUGUUCACGCUCGGGGGGAUGCUCGAGUUCUUCUACUCCCGGGCCCCCGGGAGCAUGAAGAGCGUGUGCACCGCGCUCGCAUGGUGCUCGACCUCGAUGGGGUUCUUCCUGAGCUCGGCACUGGUGUCGGCGAUCAACUCGGCCACCGGGAGGUACGGGAGGGAGUGGCUCGGCGGGAGCGACUUGAAUCGGGCACGCCUGGAUCUUUACUACGCCGUCCUCUGCGUUCUUAAUUUCCUUAAUUUCCUGAAUUACAUUUUCUGGGCCAAGAGGUAUUGA